AUGAUGGGCAUCCAGCCACCCAGCUGGCUCUGUCUUGCCUACCCUACCUCCUCCCAACCAGCUCACAACCUGCCCAAGACCUGCCCAAGACCUGCUCCCAACCAGCUCACAACCUGCCCAAGACCUGCUCCCAACCUGCCCAAGACCUGCCCAAGACCUGCUCCCAACCUGCCCAAGACCUGCUCCCAACCUGCCCAAGACAUGCCCAAGACCUGCCCAAGACCUGCUCCCAACCAGCUCACAACCUGCCCAAGACCUGCUCCCAACCUGCCCAAGACCUGCCCAAGACCUGCCCAAGACCUGCUCCCAACCUGCCCAAGACCUGCUCCCAACCUGCCAAAGACCUCCCCAAGACCUGCCCAAGACCUGCUCCCAACCUGCCCAAGACAUGCUCCCAAUCUGCCCAAGACCUGCCCAAGACCUGCUCCCAACCUGCCCAAGACCUGCUCCCAACCUGCCCAAGACCUGCCCAAGACCUGCUCCCAACCUGCCCAAGACCUGUCCAAGACCUGCUCCCAACCUGCCCAAGACCUGCCCAAGACCUGCCCAAGACCUGCUCCCAACCAGCUCCCAACCUGCCCAAGACCUGCUCCCAACCUGCCCAAGACCUGCUCCCAACCUGCCCAAGACCUGUCCAAGACCUGCUCCCAACCUGCCCAAGACCUGCCCAAGACCUGCUCCCAACCAGCUCACAACCUGCCCAAGACCUGCUCCCAACCUGCCCAAGACCUGCCCAAGACCUGCUCCCAACCUGUCCAAGACCUGCUCCCAACCUGUCCAAGACCUGCUCCCAACCUGUCCAAGACCUGCUCCCAACCUGUCCAAGACCUGCUCCCAACCUGCCCAAGACCUGCUCCCAACCUGCCCAAGACCUGCCCAAGACCUGCUUCCAACCAGCUCACAACCUGCCCAAGACCUGCUCCCAACCUGCCCAAGACCUGCCCAAGACCUGCUCCCAACCUGCCCAAGACCUGCCCCCAACCUGCUCCCAAUCUGCCCAAGACCUGCCCCCAAUCUGCUCCCAAUCUGCCCAAGACCUGCCCCCAACCUGCUCCCAAUCUGCCCAAGACCUGCCCCCAACCUGCCCCCAACCUGCUCCCAACCUGCCCAAGACCUGCUCCCAACCUGCCCAAGACCUGCCCAAGACCUGCUCCCAACCUGCCCAAGACCUGCCCAAGACCUGCUCCCAACCUGCCCAAGACCUGCCCAAGACCUGCUCCCAACCUGCCCAAGACCUGCCCAAGACCUGCCCCCAACCUGCUCCCAAUCUGCCCAAGACCUGCCCCCAACCUGCUCCCAAUCUGCCCAAGACCUGCCCCCAACCUGCCCCCAACCUGCUCCCAACCUGUCCAAGACCUCCUCCCAACCUGUCCAAGACCUGCUCCCAAUCUGCCCAAGACCUGCCCCCAACCUGCUCCCAAUCUGCCCAAGACCUGCUCCCAACCUGCCCAAGACCUGCCAAAGACCUGCUCCCAACCUGCCCAAGACCUGCCCAAGACCUGCCCCCAACCUGCCCCCAACACUUGCCCAAGACCUGCCCCCAACCUGCCCCCAACACUUGCCCAAGACCUGCCCAAGACCUGCCCCCAACACUUGCCCAAGACCUGCCCAAGACCUGCCCCCAACCUGCCCCCAACACUUGCCCAAGACCUGCCCCCAACACUUGCCCAAGACCUGCCCCCAACCUGCUCCCAACCUGUUCCAACCUGCCCAAGACCUGCCCCUAACCUGUUCCCCAACCUGCCCCCAACCUACCCAAGACCUGCUCCCAACCUGCCCAAGACCUGCCCCCAACACUUGCCCAAGACCUGCCCAAGACCUGCCCCCAACCUGCCCCCAACACUUGCCCAAGACCUGCCCAAGACCUGCCCAAGACCUGCCCAAGACCUGCCCCCAACACUUGCCCAAGACCUGCCCAAGACCUGCCCCCAACCUGCCCCCAACACUUGCCCAAGACCUGCCCCCAACCUGCCCAAGACCUGCAGAAGACCUGCCCCCAACCUGCCCAAGACCUGCAGAAGAUCUGCCCCCAAUCUGCCCAAGACCUGCCGAAGACCUGCUAUCUCCCCGUGA